AUUCCUCUGACGCCAGGGGGAUACGCUUUCCUGGAGGGGAAAAACACAGGAAUCUUUUGGAAAAAAGUGUAGCCUAGUGCGCACAACCCCUCAACUUAAUAGAAGUCAUCUGCCUGCCGUCCCACAUUACACUUCCUUGGGCUAAGGGUUUCGUUUUCCCUUUAGUCUGCGAAGAAACCCUUGGCGGAUAUGUGCUAAACCGAAGAGUGCCUUUGAACUUUUUUGGGAACGGGGUAGCGUUUUCUUCGUGGAGUGGAAGCACCCGAGAUUUAUCCACGCGGGAGAGCGGAAAAGAUUCAUUUUGAACUGCCGACAUGAGUGUGCUACCGCCCAUUCGGAGGGAUCGAGUCAUAGCCCAGCUGCCUACGUGCUUCAACAAAGAGGCUGCCCUGCACACCAAGGAGGAGUUCCACUCCAAAGUCCGGACAGCAUGCCAGGAACAGAAGACUGGGACCGUGGGUAGGUUUAAGAUCUCCAAGGUCAUUGUCGUGGGUGACCUGGCUGUUGGCAAAACAUGUCUGAUUAAUAGGUUUUGUAAGGACACUUUUGACAAGAACUACAAGGCCACCAUUGGUGUGGACUUUGAGAUGGAGCGGUUUGAGGUGCUAGGUGUCCCUUUCAGCUUGCAGCUAUGGGAUACCGCAGGGCAGGAGAGAUUUAAAUGUAUUGCUUCUACAUAUUACAGAGGGGCUCAAGCGAUCAUAAUUGUGUUUGACUUGACGGAUGUGUCAUCGUUGGGUCAUGCCAGGCAGUGGCUGGAAGACGCCAUGAAGGAGAAUGACCCUUCCAGUGUGCUGCUCUUCUUGGUUGGAACCAAGAAAGACUUGAGUUCCCCUGCUCAGUAUUCUCAGAUUGAGGAGGAUGCUGUUCGACUCUCCGAAGAGAUAAAGGCGGAGUACUGGGCUGUCUCUGCACUAACAGGAGAGGGCGUGAGGGAGUUUUUCUUCCGUGUUGCGUCCCUAACAUUCGAGGCCAAUGUCCUAGCAGAACUGGAGAAGAGUGGAUCCCGACGCAUUGGGGAAGUUGUUAAAAUCACCAGCAACUCCAACAACACACACACCACAUCCAAGAAGAAGCACCCUAACUGCUGUCAAUGAGAGAGAACAUUCUGGAAUAUUCACUGACACCGUACCAAGUCCAGACAUACAGUCUUUCCUGCAUGGGAAGGUCUUGAGGAGCGGUGACACAAUGGCAAGAGU